AUGGGAUCGGUGCUAAGCGGCGACGGACGGGAGACGGCGAGGACGCCGGAUGUUGGCGACCCCCAAGGCAGUAUUCAGUUCCCACAACCGUCAGAUCGAGCGGGAGACGUGGAAAAGCAGCAAAUUCCCUCUUUUGAGUGCGCCAUCUGCUUGGAAGUGUUCGACCAGCCUGUAAGGACCAAAUGUGGCCAUGUAUUUUGUCACAUUUGUAUUACCACAUGUUUAAGACAUCAUACAUGGACAUGUCCAUAUUGCAGGGCACAUCUUUCUUCUGAAGGGAUUCCAGCAACUGAUGUUAUUAAAAUGAUGAAAAAUACACACCAAAACUGUACAGAAUGUAAAACACAGGUGUGCCUUAGUGAAAUGAGAGCUCAUUUGAAGACUUGUGGCCAAUAUAUAGAAAAAUAUGGGCCUCUACAGGAAGUUGCAUACCCUGAAACAAGGUAUCCUUGUCCUUUCUGUCAGCAUGAAUUGGAUGAAAAUGAUCUCUUGGACCAUUUUCUCACCUUUCACAGAACUGAAAGAAGACCAGUGUACUGUCCAAUCUGUCAUUUAUUACCUGGUGGUGGUCCAAGUUACUACAUCAGAAAUUUUAUAAGGCAUCUUCAGCUGAGACAUACAUUCUAUUAUGAAGAUUAUAUUGACAUAAGUAUUGUAGAAGAAGUUCUCAUUGAAAGAGUUCUGGAUAGAUCAAUUUUAGAGCAUGUACAUGUAAAUAAUCCAGGUACUGCAUGAUCAUCAAUUCGAAGAGAAGACAAAUGGAUUACGUUAUGAAUUAAAGCACUGGUUGUUUAUGUUAUUAACUAAUAACAUACAAAAACAUUUGAAUUGUAAAUAUUUCAUAGGUGAAACAUUCUAUUUCAGGUAUGAACAACUGUUCUGACCAUUCUAUUUAAAACCUAUACAUUUCAGAUUCAAAAUGAGAUAUUUCAAGAAUGAAAACUUUUGUGUAUGAAUUUCCUUAAGUCUAUAAUUCAUUUCUGUAAUUGCUAAUUAUAUUUAAGUUUCCAAAAGCCAUUAUUUUCCUUAAACAGAAUAUAAACAUUAGCAUCAAAGAAUUAGUUGUGAAUUACUGAUAUUGAAUGCAUACCAGAACCCUUCCCAACAUAUAUAUAUCUUCAGUUCUGUCAUUAUUCAUUAAUUUCAGAUUUGGAAAACCUACAUUUAAACACUUUAAAGAAAUCUGUUUGGCUCUGAUUAUUCAUCCUAUAUGGUAUUACACAAGCCAAUUAUGGAGUAAGAUAGAUCUUAAUGAAGAUCAGUUAG